CUAAGCCGCGGAGGGCUCGGGGCUCUGCGCUCCCGGCGGGAGGCUCCGGCCCUCAGGGCGCGGGCAGCGGCGCCGCUCGGUUCCUCUCACGCUGUGCGCGCCGCCGGCUCGCUAACAAACAGCGGGAGCAGCGCGGCUGCUGGAGGAGUGCCAGCCCCACGGCGGCCCGCGUUGCGCCUACCCAAGCUCUCCUGAUGUAAACGGGCCGUUCACGGUAUCGAAAACCUGCCUUGUGAGCUGCAAAGGAACUUCCAGCUGAUGCGGGAGUUGGAUCAGAGAACAGAAGAUAAGAAAGCAGAAAUUGACAGUCUUGCGGCGGAAUACAUUGAAUCAGUGAAGAACAUGUUACCCGAGGAGCGAGUGGAACACCUGAAGAAAAUCCAGAGUGCCUACAGCAAAUGUAAAGAGUACAGCGAUGAUAAAGUCCAGCUGGCCAUGCAGACGUACGAGAUGGUGGAUAAGCAUAUCCGCCGGCUGGAUGCAGACUUGGCACGGUUUGAAGCAGAUCUGAAAGAUAAACUGGAAGGCAGUGACUUUGAAAACCCUGGAUCUCGAAGCCUGAAAAAGGGACGAAGUCAGAAAGACAAGAGAGGCUCUCGCGGUCGAGGCAGGCGAGCAUCUGAAGAAGAUACACCAAAGAAAAAGAAACUCAAAGGAGGAUCCGAGUUUGCUGAUACCAUCCUGUCGGUGCAUCCCUCGGACGUCCUAGACAUGCCAGUGGACCCCAACGAACCUACCUACUGCUUGUGUCACCAGGUGUCCUACGGAGAAAUGAUUGGCUGUGACAACCCAGAUUGCCCAAUUGAGUGGUUCCACUUUGCUUGUGUGGACCUCACCACCAAACCAAAAGGGAAAUGGUUUUGUCCACGUUGUGUCCAGGAAAGAAAGAAAAAGAAGUAAGGAGUAGAGGGGAGUACAUCCUCUGAGGCAAGAAGAAUUUAAUAUAUUCCUUCAUUCAUGUUGCAAUAUUAUCUUUGUGUUUUUUUUUUUUUUACCCUCCUCCUUUUUCUGGUAUGUUAUUUAAUUGUCCAGUGGCCAGUUGUAAUUCCUGUUCUUUCAUAGGAAAAUGACUUUGGGAGGGAGUCCCAAAUCCCUUUGCCACAGGGAUUUUAUUUAUGUUACACUUGCACGGCACUGAAAUCGGUGUUACUAUGAAGUGCUAGGGCAGCCAGUAGCUGUAGUCUCUGCUAGCUUAUAGGAAUCUGUGAAACCACGUAAGGCAUUGCAGGAGAAUGAAAUACCUGUACGUUCAGCAUGGUGCAUCGCCAUCAUGGAAAUAGUUUACGCCUGGAGCUUGGCGUGGUAGAGAGGAAGGAAUUUUCUCCUGAUGUAGCCUGCAUGAAAGAAGUAGGCUCCAUUGUUUAGGUGUGAAGUCCAUUUGUUGUGCAGUUUGGUAGUACAGAAAGGAACAGGAAAGCUGGUUAACCAUUUCUAGUGUCCCGUUUCCUCAAAGCCAAGUACUGUGCUUAGUUUUGACAGGGCAGGGAUGGGAGAGAGGCAAGAUCAAACCUUCUCUUUUGGGGAAUUUCCUCUGUCUACCUUUGGACUGCCUUUAUUUUACUUGAUCUUGCCCCCAUUCACAUGAACCUUAACAGAAGCAAACCGUUUGGCUUUUCACCACCUUCUAGAAAAGGUUUGUCUUUUGGGGAGAAAACCUUUAAAUAGCAAAGGAAUUGUCCUGCAGUGUUUGUUAGUGACAGUAAUAUUGAGAGAGGGCGUUACCUUUCCUGGCUGUUCCCGUUUCUCUGAAGAUCCUUUAAGUACAUUACUGUGAAGGUGAAACCUACAGUGUUCUUAUAGAGAUAGAAGGUCGGAUUUAUUCAUAAAAUAAGAUGAAGGCCUGAUUUUUUUGUUACUUGUGUUUGCCUGUGUUGCACCUGGGUACAUCAGGAAAACAAGCUUUAGGGGAAGGCUCCCUAAGGACGAUGCGUACGUUCCCCUGAUGGUGUGGCAAAGCUGAAAGGCGGCCGUGCCGUAGCUUGGGGGGGGGUUUUGAAUAGCAUUUGCUAUGAAGCACUGCUAUUGAAGAAAGCCAUUCCGCAGGAAUGUUUUAAAAUGACUUCUUGUCUUGG